AUGUCUGCUGAAGAGACCACACAGAAAUAUACAAAGCUACAGGGCGAGUUAGAAGAACUGAUCGUAGCUAGACAAAAGCUAGAAACGCAAUUACAAGAGAACAAAAUCGUCAGCGAUGAGUUUUCGAGUUUGAAAGAUGAUGCUACUGUGUAUAAGUUAACCGGUGGUGUACUUCUGCCAGUGGAACAGUUUGAAGCAAAGGGGAACGUUGAGAAGAGACUCGAAUUCAUUGAAAUCGAGAUCAAACGUUGCGAGACCAACAUCAAAUCCAAACAGCAAGAAUUGGAAGUUGCAAGGAGCGAACUUAUGAAAUUACGUUCUCAGCAGCAGCAGCAGCAGCAGCAGUAG